CGCAGGGGGCAUGCAGGCGUCGUCUCGCAGUCGUUAGGGCAAACUAUUUCGUGGCGUUCUGGAGGUAACCCGGUACAUCAAGACCUCCCACGGAGCUGAGACGACGGAAGUUGUGAGAAAUCAUCGCCAGCACCUCCGUCCACGAUGUCUCACGAACUGUUCAAGCGCACCAACGGUUUCAAUCCACCCUCCAGGCUCAAGGACACGGAAUCCGACCCGUUCCGAUUCGCCGCCGUCUCCCUGACGAUAUUCGGAGUCCACAUCGGCGAUACAAAUCUUCAAGGCGUCUCAAUGCUCGGGAAGAUUCGCCACACCGCCUCUUCGGUGGCGACAGUCCUGAUGGUGUGGAUAUUCUUCGUACAGCACGCCACCGCCUACAUGCACGGUCUCAGCGGCUGGGUGUACGUCAAGUGGCUUGCAGCAGCCGUGACAGCAGUCCUUACUGCCACCGUUGUCAUGAUACGAGGCACCAAGAUCAAGCACGUCGCCGGGUUCUACCGCACCAACUUCUUGCCGUGGAAGUCCAAGCAGAAGACGAUCACUAGGGUCACGUCCACCGCGACCAUUCUCACGGUCUGGGCAUUCGUCCUGGUCUACUGCAUCGAUUUCGCUCUGAACCAUAUUCGGGAAGAUCAGAAGAUUUUCAUUUAUUUUCUGUCACCGACCGUCAACGAGUCGUUCGUCCGCAACUGGGAUCCGAUGGCCGAGGGCUUCUUGAGGGUGGACGCCGUCUUGCGAUGGUUCUUCAUUUUAGGGCCGACCUGUUUCGCGAUUUUCUUGUACACUUUUAUGACCCAGCUAGCAACGGGGAACAUGCAGCACUUAACCCAGUACAUCAACACGCUCAAGCACGCCGAUCACGACGAUCCUCCCGAAGUCGUUCGCCAGGUUCGCGACCUGUACUUUCACCAGGCGAGUUCCGCCCACGAGCUCGACCACAUCUUCAGCGGUCUGGUGCUGUUGUGGUAUCUCAUGUGUACCGUGUUCACCUUCGCGAAUAUCAGAGGCGCCAUGCUGGGAGAGUUCCCGCCGGGACCUUUCGGGCGGUCUGUCCUGACGUUUCUCUUCGAACUGUUUCCCCUGUACUGCGUCUACUAUGGGAUCACAAUGGCGGGAGCGGGUUUCCACGACGCGACGCUGGAAGUUCUCACGCAGUACGAGGCGUUAAUGGCUAUGUUGGGCAAGCGUUACCAAUUGCAGCAUACGAGCUACUUUCUGGCGCACAUGUGCGUCAGUUCUAUGGGGCUGAACCCUCCCAAAUUGACCGUGUGUCGUCUGUUCACUAUCAAAAGGUUGCUGUUGGCCGUUUUGAUUUUGUUCUUUAUGUUUUUUGUCCUCCUGAGUGCACGAAUACAGGGCACUUAAGUUCGCGCGCGAGGGUAUUUCGUAAUAAUUGCUUCUUUGUGUGUCAAAAACAUCAAUUUCGCGGUAUGUCUACGUGUUGCUAAACUGAGAAUACGUCAUGUAGUAUACAAAUUACUUCUGGUUUCUUCGAAUUUGCGUUUCCAAUUAUCUUUACAGCACAGGUCCGUUUAUAGACACGAUAUAUAUAUAUAGGAUUAGGAGACCUGAGAAGCCUUGCACCUCAGAACUGCGUUAGCAAGAACAGCGCGAUCUUUUUUUCUUAUUUCUCACUUGCGGCUGGUGAUAUUUCUUUUGUCGCUGAGCAUAUUUUAGUGCGACGUACAAAGAUUUUGCUGUGUGCAACAUGAUUUGGUCAAGUCUGCACCUAUGUAAAAGUAUAAUAGCACAGCGAAUAAAACGGUGACUC